AUGGCUCAUAAAUUUAUUAAUGUCACUAAUGGAGUUACACCAAGAAGAUGGAUCAAACAAUGUAAUCCAGCUUUAAGUCAAGUGAUUACUGAAGCAAUUAAAACUGAUGAAUGGGUAUCUAAUUUAUCACUUGUCAAAGGUCUUGAGAAUGUAUUUAACCAUGAGUUGAUUGAAAAGUUCAUUCAUGUUAAACAACUUAACAAAGACAGAUUAAAGAGACUUGUUUUUAGAUUGACAGAUUCUAAAGUUGUAUUAGACAGAAAUGCAUUGUUUGAUGUUAUGGUCAAGAGAAUUCAUGAAUAUAAGAGACAAUUGUUAAAUCUCUUUGGUACUAUUCAUACAUAUCUUCAAAUCAAAAAGAUGACACCAAUGCAAAGAAUGAAACUUGUCCCAAGAGUAAAAAUCUUUGCAGGAAAAGCUGCCAUUGGAUAUGACAUGGCUAAAGGAAUUAUUAAGUUAAUUAACUCUGUUGCUGAUACUGUAAACAAUGACCCAGAAGUAGGAAAUUUAUUAAAGGUUGUUUUCAUUCCAAAUUACAGUGUUUCAUUGGCAGAAGUUAUUAUUCCAGCAAACGAUAUUAAUGAACAAAUCUCAACUGCUGGAUAUGAGGCAUCUGGAACUUCUUGUAUGAAGUUUGUUAUGAAUGGAGGACUUAUUGUUGGUACAUGGGAUGGUGCUAAUGUUGAAAUUGCAGAAGAAGUUGGAGAAGAAAAUAUGUUUAUGUUUGGAGCUAAGGCAUAUGAAGUAGCAGGAAUUCGUGCUAACCCAAUUCCAAUUAGUAAAGACCUUGCAGAAGUAUUAGCUGCUAUUGACAAUGGAAUGUUUGGUGAUGCCUCAAUUCACAAAUUUGUUAUUGACCAAUUCCGUGGAGGAAGUGAUUAUUAUUUGGUCUGUAGAGACUUUGACGGAUACGUCAAGGUCCAAGAACAUAUUGAUUCAGUUUGGAAAAACCCACAAGAAUGGACCACCAUAAUGUAUUAG